CGUUGCCGCAUGUCCGUGCGUUUGAAUUUUCUCGAGCAGACGCCUUUGUGCGGUGUUCAACUGCGCGAGUGUGCCGAUUGUUGUUGUGUAUACGAGUGACGAGGAGAUUGUGCUGUGAUAAUUUCGUUUUAUGCGACGGAAGUGCGUUAACCUUUUGGCAGAGACGGCGGCUUCGUUUAUGUGCUCGUUAAAUAUUGGGUGCUCGGAAUACAAGCGCUGUGCUCAGUUGAUUUGUGACUGACAAACUGUACAGACGUACUUUUGAUUGAGCAAGGGCCGAUUUCAAAAUCUUGAGUAGCAUGGAUUAUUUUGUGGGUGUUGAUGUUGGUACAGGAAGUGUUAGAGCAGCUCUAGUUACAUCUCAAGGAAAAAUUGUAGCAACUGCAGUAAAGCCAACAAAAACCUUCAAUCCAAAGGCUAAAUUUUAUGAACAAUCAUCAGAUGAUAUUUGGUCUUCAGUCUGUCAAGUAGUCAAGAAAGUUAUAGCUAAAACUCCAAAAGACCGUAUUAAAGGAAUUGGUUUCGAUGCAACUUGUUCCUUAGUUGCAAUUGAUAAAAAUGGAUUACCAGUUACUGUCAGUCCUACGGGUAAUGAUGAGCAAAAUAUCAUUUUAUGGAUGGAUCAUAGAGCUCAAGAGCAAGCCGAUUACAUCAAUAAACUAGGCCAUAAAAUGCUCAAAUACGUUGGAGGAAAAGUAUCAUUGGAAAUGGAAGUACCAAAGCUAUUGUGGCUGAAAAAUAAUUUACCAGAUUCUUGGAGGAGAGCUGCAUUAUUCUUUGAUUUACCUGACUUUCUGACAUGGAAAGCCACUAAUUCAGAGUCUAGAUCAUUAUGCUCUUUAGUAUGCAAAUGGAACUUUAGUGCUGGACCAAAUGGGGAUAAUCACUGGUGUGCUGAUUUCUUCGAUGAGAUUGGAUUAUCUGAUUUACAAAGCAACAAUUGGAAAAAAAUAGGUCAAGAUGUAAAGCCUCCAGGACAUCCCGUAGGACUUGGCUUAACUGCAAGAGCUGCUGAAGAAUUAGAUCUUUUAGAAGGUACACCUGUAGGCACGUCAAUAAUCGACGCGCAUGCCGGUGGUCUCGGAAUGCUUGGAUGUUCUGCUCCACAAGUUUCACCCGAGUUCACCAGUAGAUUAGGUUUAAUUUGUGGAACAUCAACGUGCCACAUGGCUGUCAGCAAAGAUGAAAUAUUUGUCGAUGGUGUUUGGGGACCUUAUUAUGGAGCAAUGGUUCCUGACCUUUGGCUCAAUGAAGGAGGACAAAGUACAACUGGAAAGUUAAUUGAUCACAUAAUUGAUAGCCAUCCAGCUUCUUUGAAAAUAAAAAACAGUUUGCCACCAAAUGUGCAUAUACAAAAAUACCUGUCAGACCUCUUGAGCUCAAUGGCUAGUAAGAAAAAACUUUCAGACAUAGCAUACUUGACUGAAGAUGUCCACGUCUGGCCAGAUUUUCACGGAAAUCGUUCACCCCUUGCCGAUCCAACAUUGCAUGGAAUGAUUUGUGGUCUUACUUUAGCAACCGACGAAGAGAGCUUAGCAACACUGUACUUAGCAACGAUGCAAUCGCUAACGUAUGGGACGAAACACAUUUUAGAAGCUCUGACCGAUGCAGGGCAUAAGAUAGAGUCACUACUUGUAUGUGGCGGACUUAGUCAAAACCCAUUGUUCAUUCAAACUCAAGCGGACGUUUUGGGCUUACCAGUUCUUUGUCCUGUGGAACGAGAAUCCGUUUUAGUUGGUUCUGCUAUUCUUGGGUCCUGUGCAGCCAAAACAUUUUCUUCUGUGCACGAAGCUAUUAAAGUGAUGGGAGGUUCAGCUAAUGUAGUGAAUCCAAUCACUGAAACUUACUCAUAUCAUUCUAAAAAGUAUCAAGUUUUUAAGAAAAUGGUCAAAGACCAGCAGGUGUAUAAGAAGUACAUGUCUUCUAAAUAAGUUGAAAUAUAUUGUUGAUAUUUUUGAUACAUUUUUAUAGCACGUUUUUAGAAAGCAGAAACAGAAUCUCAAAAAGUUGAAUGAAAAACGAUUUAUUUAUUUUAAUAUCAUAUAUAAAAUAUAUGUAUAAAAGUAUGUUUAUAAUGAAAAAUGUUACAUUUGUAUUUGUUGUGUAUAUAAUAGUUAUUGCUGACCUAUACUCCACUCAUUAAAGGCACAAUUUGUUCAAUAUCGUAAGUUCACAAUCUCAAAACGGUACAAAACAACGUUUCAAUCGAUAUGACUGAGUGUCAUCAUAAAAUUGUGUCGAUAUAUAUUUUAUACUCCACAUUAAUAACGAUCUUAAAUUUACGUUUUAUAAUAAUCACAUCAUAUGCUUCAAAUAAAAUUAUUAUUUUGUGUGAUAACAUGUUGCUUAUAUUUCAUUAAACUUACAAUUAAUCAAAGUACUUGCCAAUUCUAAUUCAUUCUCAAGACUUUGUAACUUUGGUCAAAACAACUCAAAUAAAUAUAAAAUGAAAGUUUAGUUUUAAUAAAUUAUAAUUAAUUGCACUUGUGGAUUAUGUGACUCUAUUUGCAGAAUUACGAGAACAUCUAUUUGUUAGUUUGAUUGUUAAUCCACAAAAUAUAGAAAUCGUGCUUAAAAAGUACAAUUUUUAAAACUGAAGAAUAAAUUAAAUAUAAAAAAAGAGAAA